GCUGCAGGCUCGAGUGAAGAAGCUGAGUAAAGCUGCUUGUGUUACAUGGAACAAAAACAGUCCAGAAUAUCAAAAACAGCUGUGUAUUGCAAGAGACAAAGUACGCCAACAGAUGCUGGAGACAAUACAGCAAAAUACUGCAGAAAGAUUGUUCCUAAUUGAUUUAAUGAAGAAAUAUGCUAGGGGUCAGGCAGUUGCUUCAAGACUUGGGCAGCAGCUUAAGAAAACAAACCAGAAAAUUAGAGAACACAUAUCUGUCUACAAUUCUAUAGGUGGAACUCCUUCUAAACUUCCAGCAAUUCUAGAUUUUGAACAGGUGAAAUCUUCUGAUAGUGAAAUAUGGGAUACUUUACAGCCAGUCAAUAGAACUACAGAAACACCUAUUCCACUUACAGUUAAGCAGCAGGCCACUAGACUGUUCUGCCAGGAGAAAAGAGCUGCUGAAGAGCAGCAAUUGAUAAAAUCAGAAAUGCAUUCUACAUUGCAGUGGUAUUUAUCAAAAUGUUUCAGUCUGCUAGGUUGUAUUUCUGAUUAUUCAAAUGCAGAAAAAUGUGCAUUGGUUAAAGAAGGUUUAUACCUUGAGACAACAUUCAAUUCUCUCCUAGUCGCAUUUCAACCAUAUCUGGAAGAUGCAUCACUAAUUGCCCUUGACAGUUUUACAGCUAUGGUUGGACUCUCAGAAGUGAAUGAUUUCAGUAGUCUUGAAUCUGAGAGAGAUGUCAUUCAUACUGUGGAUUUUGGGGCUGUUUAUGAUUAUGAAGAGGAUAUAUUGGAUACGCUCUCUGAUUGUGAGGAAAGUGAAGAUGAAUGUAGUGAUAGUGACUUAAUGGAAACAUUGCAUUACAUCCAACAUUUAAAGUAAUAUGUCAGAUCAAAUCUUCUGUUGGACUUUUAUUGCUUACAAGUGGUAUUUUUGUUUACAGCAAAGAAUAAAGAAAUUAAAACAAGGAAAGGAACAGACAUGUGAGAAAGUAAUGUCCUAGCUGUAGCUUGUAUAAGGUAAUAAAAUGCUGAACUUGUGAAGUGAAAAUUUUAGCCAAUUUAAUUUGUUCAGAAAAUUAAUGAAAAGAAAACCUAACUUGUAAGGAAGUAAAAGUCUAAACAGAGCUUGUAGAAAAAAUUGCUGAAAUUAUGUCAAAGUCAGUAGUGGAAAUUUUAGCAAAUUUAAUGUGUUCAGAAAAUUAAAGACAGGAAAACAAGACUUGUGAAGAAAUAAAGUCAAAACUGUAGUUUGUGUUAAGUAAAAAAAAAUGCUUAACUUGUGAAGAAAUUAUGUCAAUGUCAGUUGUGAAAAUUGGAGCAAAUUUAAUGUGUCCAGAAAAUUAAAGACAGGAAAAUAAGACUUGUGAAGAAAUAGUAAAAACUGUAGCUUGUGUUAAGUAAAAAAAAUGCUUAACUUGUGAAGAAAUUAUGUCAAUGUCAGUUAUGGAAAUUGGAGCAAAUUUAAUGUGUCCAGAAAAUUAAAGACAGGAAAACUGGGCUUGUGAAGAAAUAAAGUCAAAACUGUAGCUUGUGUUAAGUAAAAAAAAUGCUUAGCUUGUGAAGAAAUUAUGUCAAUGUCAGUUGUGAAAAUUGGAGCAAAUUUAAUGUGUCCAGAAAAUUUAAGACAGGAAAACUCGACUUGUGAAGAAAUAGUAAAAACUGUAGCUUGUGUUAAGUUAAAAAAAAUGCUUAACUUGUGAAGAAAUUAUGUCAAUGUCAGUUGUGGAAAUUGGGGCAAUUUUAAUGUGUCCAGAAAAUUAAAGACAGGAAAAAAAGACUUGUGAAGAAAUAAUAAAAACUGUAGUUUGUGUGAAGUAAAGAAAAUGCUUAACUUGUGAAGAAAUUAUGUCAAUGUCAGUUGUGGAAAUUGGAGCAAAUGUGUCCUGAAAAUUAAAGACAGGAAAACUGGAUUUGUAAAGAAAAAAAGUCAAAACUGUAGCUUGUGUUAAGUAAAAAAAAAUGCUUAACUUGUGAAGAAAUUAUGUCAAUGUCAGUUGUGAAAAUUGGAGCAAAUUUAAUGUGUCCAGAAAAUUUAAGACAGGAAAACUGGACUUGUGAAGAAAUAGUAAAAACUGUAGCUUGUGUUAAGUAAAAAAAAUGCUUAACUUGUGAAGAAAUUAUGUCAAUGUCAGUUGUGAAAAUUGGAGCAAAUUUAAUGUGUCCAGAAAAUUUAAGACAGGAAAACUGGACUUGUGAAGAAAUAGUAAAAAACUGUAGCUUGUGUUAAGUAAAAUAAAUGCUUAACUUGUGAAGAAAUUAUGUCAAUGUCAGUUGUGAAAAUUGGAGCAAAUUUAAUGUGUUCAGACAUGAAAAAUAAGAAAAGAAGAUUUCGGAUGAAAUAAAUGAAAACUUUUUUAUAUGAAAAAUGUUUAAAUAUAGAUACUACUCGCUACUUUAAAGAAAAGCUUAGAGACAAAAUGCUAAAAAAAUUUAAUGCAGCCAGUCUUUCUUCAAAUUGAAACAAUUUUUAGAAGGACUGAAGGUUCCAAGCCCUGUAAAUGCAGAGGAAAUUUUUUUAGCUUAUUUUUUUGUUAGGAAAUAUAAAAAUUAAAGUAAGGAAAUAAGUGAGUUAUAUUUUUUUACUGAAAACUUAAAUCUUUUGCCAGUUAUUUUCUUUCAAAAGAUAGUUUAAUAUGAUGAAAUUAUCAAUUUAUGUAAUGCAUGGAUGGUGGCUGGUCAGUGCAACACUUCCAUUAA